AAUCCUGUGCUCAUCAAAUAGAAGAGGAAUAUGAAGAAGAGAGGAAUCCUUCAUGCAGAGAGCUUUCAAACAUCAGGAAGGUAUAUAACACUUCUGAUAUUAUCAUCUUUGUUCUGUGGAGCAGUUUUGGAAGAGGUUCACUAUUCCAUCCCUGAGGAGAUGGCAAAGGGGUCCUUGGUGGGAAAUCUUGCCAAGGAUUUGGGACUAAAUGCCAGAGACCUGAAGAGCAGAAACCUGCAUAUCCUUUCUGAAGGUAAAAAGCCAUAUUUCACUAUAAAUGCUGAAAAUGGAAACCUGUAUGUGAAUGAGAGGAUAGAUCGUGAGGGGAUGUGUAGAGAGAGCACACACUGCAUUAUUGAUUUUGAAGCUGUGGUUGAAAAUCCAUUGAAUGUUUUCCAUGUAACUCUAGCAAUCCAAGACAUUAAUGAUAAUACCCCACAAUUCUUAGAAGCCAAUAUUGGGCUUCAAAUAAUUGAAUCCACAUUACCAGGUGCCAGAUUCCUCCUUGGGAAAGCUGAAGAUCCUGAUAUUGGGAUUAAUUCUCUCCAGAAUUAUCAGUUAAGCCUAAAUCACUUCUUUAUAUUAGAAAUUCAGCAUAGUCUGGAUGGCCAUAAAUAUGCAGAGUUGGUGCUGCAGAAACCUUUGGAUCGGGAAAGUGAUCACUCCCUUCAGUUGAUCCUUAUGGCCCUGGAUGGGGGUGAACCCAGAAAAACUGGGACUGCCCAGAUAUGGAUUAACAUCACAGAUGCCAAUGACAACCCACCAGUCUUCACUCAAAAGGUUUAUACAGUUAGCCUGAGGGAAAACACCCCUGUGGGGUUCCCAAUACUCCAAGUAAAAGCCUCUGAUAGGGAUGAAGGUUCAAAUAGUCAGAUCAGUUACACAUUCAGUAAAGUCCCAGAAAAAGUCUACCAGAAAUUUAGACUAGAUCAACAAAGUGGAACAAUUACAAUUAAGGAGACCCUUGACUUUGAGGAAACAGAGAAGUACACUAUGACAGUUGAAGCAAGAGAUGGAGGAGGAUUAGUGGCUCACUGUAAUGUCGAUAUAAAGAUUCUAGAUGAGAAUGACAAUGCUCCAGAGAUCAUCGUGGCCUCCUUAUCCACCCCAGUAUCAGAAAACUCUGUUUCCGGAACAAUAAUUGCUCUCAUCAAUGUAAAGGAUAAAGAUUCUGGAGAAAAUGGAAAAAUUACAUGCCAUCUACAAGGUAAUGUACCAUUUCAAAUAGCUUCAAUAUCUAAGAACAACUACAAAAUCCACACAAACAGUCCAUUGGACAGAGAAAAAGCCUCAGGAUACAACAUCACAAUAAUGGCCACCGACAAAGGUAGCCCCCCUCUCUCCUCCAACAAAACCAUCUCCCUGCAGAUUUCAGAUAUCAAUGACAACCCCCCUGCCUUUGAAAAAUCAACCUACAGUGUCUUUGUGCCAGAAAACAAUCCCUCAGGUGCCUCCAUUUUCUCCAUCAAAGCCUCGGACCCGGAUCUGGACCGAAACUCACGUAUCACUUACUCCAUCCUCAACAGCAACAUGGAGGAGCUGCCUCUCUCCUCUUACGUCUCCAUCAACUCUGAGACGGGAACUAUCUAUGCACAGCGCUCCUUUGACUAUGAGCAAUUCAGGGAGUUUCAGAUCCAAGUGAAGGCCCAAGAUGGCGGCUCACCCUCUCUCAGCAACAACGCCACCAUGUGGGUGUACAUUUUGGAUCAGAACGAUAACAGCCCUCGCGUUCUGUAUCCUUUCCCAGGCGCCGAGGGCUCUGCCUUGUUUGAGAUGGUUCCUCACUCAGCAGAGCCAGGCUACCUAGUGACCAAAGUGGUGGCUGUGGACGCGGACUCUGGGCACAAUGCCUGGCUCUCCUACCAAGUGCUGCAGGCCACAGAGCCGGCCCUCUUCAGCAUUGGGACCCACACGGGAGAGAUCAGGACCUCACGAGGCCUUCUGGAGAAAGAUGCUGUGAAACAGAAUCUGGUCAUCUUGGUGAAGGACAAUGGGAAGGCUCCGCUCUCAGCUACUGUGGUCCUCAACCUUGUGAUUGCUGAGAACUUCCAAGAGGCACUUCCGGAAAUGACUAGGCAAUCCAGUGACUCGGAGCAUCAUUCUGACCUCCAGUUUUACUUGGUGCUGGCUUUAGCACUGAUCUCAUUUUUAUUCCUCCUCACGGUGAUACUGGUCAUUGUCAUGAAACUUCGACAAUCAGGAAAUCCCAAAUUAUUCCAAUGCUUUGAACCUAAUGCUUUUUCUAAGGCACAGGUCAUAUUUCCACCAAACUAUGAAGAAGGAACUUUACCUUAUUCCUACCAACUCUGCCUAUCAUCAGAGAUGAGGAAAGAGCAGAUCUCUUUCCCGAAACCCCACAUCCAGGUGGCAGAAAACUUGCUAUGCAAUGAUAGCUCUCAGGUGGUUCUUGUGGAUGGCAACUGUGGGGAUGCCAAUGCCAAAGAGGAGGUUGGUGAGCAGCUUAAGCAUAGGAAACAGAAAAGGAAGCAGCCUGUUUUUGAGAGAACCAGCCAGAUGGAGAGAAGGCACCCAGGGAAUGGCAGGGAACUCACAAGGCAAGUACUGCUUCUCUCUCUGUUGUCUUUUACCUGUUGGGCUGCAUCAGAGCAGAUUCAUUAUUCAACCCCUGAGGAGAUGGCAAAGGGUUCAGUUGUGGGGAACCUCGCCAAGGAGCUGGGACUGAGCACCAAAGAACUAAAGCAUCGCAAUCUGCACACUGUGUCUGUGGCUAAAAUGCAGCAUUUCAGUAUCAAUGCAGAGAAUGGAAACCUCUAUGUAAAUGACAGGAUUGAUAGGGAGGGGAUAUGUGGCAAAAAUCCACAUUGCUUUGUUAAUUUUGAAGUUGUGGUGGAAAACCCUUUGAAUAUUUUUCAUGUACUAGUGGAAAUCCAGGAUGUUAAUGAUAAUGCACCCCAAUUCCUGAAUAGCAAUAUCAACUUGGAGACAGGUGAACUAACUUUGCCAGGCACUCGAUUUCUCCUUGGGAAAGCAGAAGAUCCUGACAUUGGGAUGAACUCUCUCCAGGAUUACCAGCUGAGCUCCAAUCAGUAUUUCUCUUUGGAAGUUAGAGAGAGAAAAGAUGGAAACAAAUAUGCAGAACUGGUGCUGCAGAAAUCUUUGGACAGGGAAAAAGAGCAGGCCCUUCACUUGGUUCUUACCGCUAUGGAUGGGGGUGAGCCUAGGAAAACUGGAACAGCCCAGAUACGGAUUAAUAUCACUGAUGCCAAUGACAACCCACCUGUUUUCACUCAAGAUUUAUACAAGGUCAGCUUAUCUGAAAAUGUUCCUGUUGGGUCACUUGUACUCCAGGUUGCAGCCUCUGAUGAGGAUGAAGGUACAAAUGCCCAAAUCAGGUAUCAUUUUAGCAACAUACCGACAACUGCUGAACAGAAAUUCAGGCUGGAUCCCAUCAGUGGCACAAUCAGUCUUUUGGAGCAACUGGAUUUUGAGGACGAUGAUGAAUAUACUAUGACAGUUGCUGCAAAAGAUGGUGGGGGAUUGGUGACACACUGCAACAUUGAAAUAAGGGUUCAUGAUGAGAAUGAUAAUGCCCCAGAUGUGACUUUAGCCUCCAUGUUCAGCCCAGUUCCUGAAAAUUCUCUGCCAGGAACAAUCAUCGCUCUGAUCAAUGUGAAUGACAGAGAUAGUGGAGAUAAUGGAAAGGUUACUUGCUACUUACAAGAUGAUUUACCCUUCAAAGUUUUCCCCUCAUCUAAUAAUUACUUUAAGCUCCAGACAGACAGUUCUUUGGACAGAGAAAUAGCUCCUGCAUAUAAUAUUACAAUCACAGCCACUGAUAAAGGAACUCCACCUCUUUCCACACACAAAACGAUCUCACUACAUAUCUCAGAUAUCAAUGAUAAUGCCCCUACAUUUCAGAGAUCAUCCUACAGCAUUUACGUGCCAGAAAACAAUCCUUCAGGUACCUCCAUUUUCACCAUCAAAGCCUCUGAUCCCGAUAUGGACCAGAACUCACGGAUCACAUACUCCAUCCUCAACAGCAACAUUGAGGAGCUUCCCAUCUCCUCCUAUAUCUCCAUUAAUUCUGAGACCGGCACAAUCUAUGCCCAGAGAUCCUUUGACUAUGAACAAUUCAGAGAGUUUCGGCUGCAAGUGAAGGCCCAAGAUGGGGGUUCUCCCCCUCUCAGCAGCAAUGUGACCGUCAGGGUGUUUGUUCUUGACAGGAAUGAUAACAGCCCUCGUAUCCUGUCCCCCUCACAAGAAGCCAAGGACUCAGCCUUGUUUGAGAUGGUGCCUCGUUCAGCCGAGGCAGAUUAUCUUGUCACCAAGGUGGUGGCCGUGGAUGCAGAUUCUGGACACAACGCCUGGCUCUCCUACCACCUGACUCAGGCCACUGAGCCAGCACUCUUCACGGUUGGCUCUCAUACUGGAGAGAUCAGGACUGCCAGGGCCUUUGUGGAGAGAGACGCUGUGAAACAGAGACUGGUCAUUAUGGUGAAGGAUAAUGGGCAGCCGUCUCUCUCAGCCACCAUUACUCUGAACCUGGUGUUUGCUGAGAACUUUCAGGAGGCCCUUCCAGAAAUGAAGAGCCAACCCAGCAGCUCGGAGUAUCAGUCUGACCUGCAGUUCUACUUGGUGCUGGCCUUAGCUGUGAUCUCCUUCUUGUUCCUCUUGACUGUGAUUCUGGCCGUUACAAUGAAGCUCCGUCAAUCAGGGCAUCCCAGGUUCCUACAGUGCUUUGGUCCUGUUCCCCAUUCCAAGAAUGGUGCCAUCUUCCCACCCAACUUUGAAGAUGGGACUUUGCCCUAUUCCUACCAGCUGUGUCUGUCUUCUGAGACCAGGAAGAAUGAGUUUGCCUUCCUGACACCUAAUGUUCAGAUGGUAGACCAUAUUCUUGGCAGUGAAAAUCCUGGUGUGCCUUUUACAGGCAACGGAGGAAACAAUUUAAUUUCAGAGAUGGCUAAUGGUGAAGAGGUAAGAUUUGUUCUCUGCAGUUACAUGUGUGGUACACUCUGUAGUUCUUUACCGUUAAGUGACAUUGCAAUACAACCUUUUAUACUGCCGGUGUACCUGCCUUUCUCAGUCUUUAGUUAUUUUUUCAUCUAG